AUGUGUAUUCCUGAUUUUCCUGAGAUCACUAGUAUCCGAUCUUCAUCUUCUCAGGUCCCAAUAUCAGAACCUUUUUUCCCUCAAGGGUAUGGUCCAUUUGAUAAUUGUGGGGCCGGUCCAUCAACAACACGUCCUCAAGGCAUGACAUUUAAGAAUACUCCCACUGUCACAACAGCUGCACCGGUCUAUACACUCCCACAAUCGAUUGUGACGCAAAGAGCUGCUCAAGAGGGACAGUUCACCACUCAUUCGGAGAAGUACUAUACUCGUAGGAUAGCAUUUGUGGGCCCUAACUCUAUUCAAUUUGGCUUCCCCAUUGAAGUGGAGAGGCCCACUCUAGGCUCAGAGCAUGAAGAAAUGUUGAAAAAAAUGAAAAGCAUCGAGCAACACAUGAAAAGCAUGCAAGGGUUAGGAGGGCACAAAAGUUUUGCAUUCAAAGACUUAUGUAUGUUCCCAAAUGUCCACCUUCCACCUGGGUUCAAAACCCCUAAGUUUGAUAAGUAUGAUGAACACAGUGAUCCUAUAGCCCACCUUAAGAGAUACUUUAAUCAACUUCGGCGCGCAGGGGGUAAACAAGAAUUGAUCAUGGCUUAUUUUGGUGAGAGCCUGACUGAUUACAAUGUCGACAUUAUGCCAGAUCAUAAUACACUCUCCAAUACAAGAAAAAAACCAAGUGAAAGCUUCAGAGAAUAUGCGAUCAAAUGGACGGAACAAGCAGUCCGAGUCAAGCCCCUAUUAAAUGAGCAAGAAUUGGUUGAUAUCUUCAUAGAGGCUCAAGAUCCUGACUACUUCCACCACCUCACAGCCGCAUUGCGAAUACCGUUUCACACAGCAAUCAAAAUUGCGGAACUGGUCGAAAAUGGUCUCAAAACAGGAAGGAUCGUGAGCCAGGCAGCAAUCAAAGCUACCACACAGGCCAUUCAAGGUGGUUCAACAAGUUUUGGAAAUGGUAAAAUGAAAGAGGAAGUUAUUUCACUGGCAUCAGGGUCAAGGGGAGCUUAG